CAGCAAAAGCCACUGCGCACUAAAACCUUCACUCUCACUGAAAACCCUAGCUUCUUCCGAUUUUCAUUCCGUUUAAGGUAGAAUCAGCUUAAUUGUCCUUGCUGAAAUGGAGAACAAUAAGCUGAAGGAGCAGGACUUUUUGGUGGCCUCAAUCUCGCAGCUGUCGAUUUCCGGAAGCGCCUCGCCUCCGGUGGUGGCGCGGUUCCGCUCCGACUCGCUUUUAUUCGGCUCCGAGUCUGAUUCGGAAGGCGCGGUUCAGUUCGAUCUCAGCAACUGCCAGCUUUACAAGCUUGGUUCGGCUCGAUCCUUGUGUAUGUCUGAAGCUUCCGAUACAAAUAAGGAGAAAAGCUAUUCCAGAGGAAUAACUAUAGAGUUUAGAAAUGAGGAGGAAAGUACGGCCUUCCAUCGUGCAUUUGAGCAAUGGAAGAAGGAAGUGGCUGUUCAAGGGUCGUCUUUGCCAAAUGGAAUUGUGUCAUCAUCUGCAAGCAAGUUUGAUGACAAAAUAGAGGCAUCUUCUGCCAAAAUGUACUUCCAUUACUACGGGCAGCUUCUUCAUCAACAAAAUAUGUUGCAGGAUUAUGUGAGGACAGGAUCUUAUUAUGCUGCAGUCCUUGAAAAUCGCAUCGAUUUCACUGAUCGUGUAGUAGUUGAUGUCGGGGCCGGUAGUGGCAUCUUGUCUUUAUUUGCUGCUCAGGCUGGUGCAAAGCAUGUUUAUGCUGUAGAAGCAUCAGACAUGGCAGAUUAUGCAAACCAACUCAUAUCUGGAAACCCUUCACUCAGUGAAAGAAUAACAGUAAUUAAGGGUAAAGUUGAAGAUGUUGAACUACCUGAAAAAGCAGAUAUUUUGAUAUCUGAACCAAUGGGAACAUUGCUAAUAAAUGAGAGGAUGCUAGAAUCAUACAUAAUUGCAAGAGAUAGGUUCCUUGUGCCAAAAGGGAAAAUGUUUCCAACAAUAGGAAGAAUACAUAUGGCGCCAUUUAGUGAUGAGUACUUAUACAUAGAAAUUGCAAAUAAGGCCUUGUUUUGGCAGCAACAAAAUUAUUAUGGUGUUAACUUGACCCCUUUACAUGGAACUGCCUUUCAAGGAUACUUCUCGCAGCCAGUUGUGGAUGCAUUUGAUCCUAGGUUAUUGGUGGCUCCUGCAAUCUCACAUGUCAUAGAUUUCACUUCUGCCAAGGAGGAAGACUUGUAUGAAUUUGACAUUCCGCUGAGAUUCGUAUCUUCAACCGGCACCAGAGUGCAUGGACUGGCCUGUUGGUUCGAUGUAUUGUUUGACGGGAGCACUGUACAAAGGUGGCUAACCACUGCUCCAGGUGCCCCUACAACGCACUGGUACCAGCUCCGUUGUGUUCUGGCCCAACCUAUAUAUGUGAUGCCUGGCCAAGAGAUAACGGGCCGACUUCAUAUGGUGGCACAUAAAGCUCAGAGCUAUACCCUUAACCUAACAUUAUCUGCUAAAAUGUGGGGCCCUGGUGCUGAACAAGGAGGAAUACUCCAGACAUCAUCAGGAAAGCUUGAUCUUAAAGAGCCUUAUUAUCGGAUGUCUCAACCACAGGCCUAUCCAAUGUCCCAAGACCAACAACCAAAUCAAUUACUACAAACGCAGGAUUUACAAAUACAAUCACAUGAUGAAGAGGCCUCAGAUCUAUUGCAACAAUCUAUGUGAUCUCUGCAUCCAUAAUUCAUCCGACAAAAGAUUGUAUUCAUAUUAUUUUAAGCUCGUACGAGAGAGAACCCGAUCAUGUCUCUUGUAAUUGUUUCAGCUUGCUGUUAGUUUGACAUGGAUUACUAAUUUGUAUCCUCCACCAAAUUGAGAAAUUAUUGCUUUUAUCAAGUUACAAAUUUUGGGCA